CUCUUCAUAGAGUUGGGAGUAUUGUCUGCUCAAAAAAUAUUAUCCUAGCAAGGGAAAGAAAAGGUUACAUAGAAAUGAAGGGAAACAAGAACUCAUCUCUUCUAUUACUUCUUCUUUUUCUAGUCCUUGUCUUCAUUACAUUUUCUAUUAUUUCCGUCGAAGCAAAAAAGAAUCACAGCAAGAAGAACAAAACUCAUAAGCAUCAGAAACAGAGGAAUGGCAGCAGAAAUAAUGCUCCAGACAACGCAAAUCCUCCAAGUCCAGCCCCAGCCACUCUUCCUCAUUAUGGCUCUUAUCCGACCCACUCGAACAUUUUCAAUGUUUUGACAUUUGGUGCUAAAGGUGAUGGAGUUUCUGAUGAUUCAAAGGCACUUCUUGCAGCAUGGAAAGCUGCCUGCAAGGUACAAGGAGGUACCAUACAAAUUCCAUCAGAAAUCAAUUUUCUGAUCAAACCACUAACACUUGAAGGCCCAUGUAUGCCACACCUUGUUUUCCAGAUAGAUGGGAGUCUCUCAGCUCCUCCAAAAGUGAAUGCAUGGUCCAAAUCAAGUUUGUUUCAGUGGAUAAACUUCAAAUGGAUUCACAAUUUCACCAUCCAAGGUUCUGGUACUGUUGAUGGGCAAGGCUUUUAUUGGUGGAGUUCUUCUCAAUUUGAUUACAUUCAGAAGAGAUCCAAACACAUCCCAUAUAUGAAACCAACUGCUUUGAGAUUCUAUGCCAGCUACAAUGUGACGGUCCGUGACAUAAGAAUUAUUAACAGUCCUCAGUGCCAUCUUAAGUUUGACAACUCAGGAGGAGUGAAGAUUAACAACAUUACAAUUUCUGCACCAGAGAACAGCCCAAACACGGACGGCAUUCACCUGCAAAACACCCGAGAUGUAGAAAUCCAGCAUUCCAACAUUGGCUGUGGUGAUGACUGUGUCUCCAUACAAACUGGUUGCUUUAAUAUUCAUGUUCAUCAUAUUAAUUGUGGCCCUGGACAUGGUAUAAGUUUAGGAGGAUUAGGGAAAGAUAGAAGCGUUGCUUGCGUCUCUGAUAUCAUAGCCGACAACAUCUUUAUGCAAAACACUGUAUAUGGAGUAAGGAUCAAGACAUGGCAGGGUGGUAUUGGAUCUGUCAAGAAUGUAUCAUUUUCCAACAUUCAAGUCUCUGAUGUAAAGGUUCCAAUCAUGAUUGAUCAGUACUAUUGUGACAAACGCUUUUGCAAGAACCAAACUGGAGCUGUAGCGAUAUCGGACAUUAAGUAUGAUCAGAUAAUUGGGACAUACUCAGUGCAGCCCAUUCAUCUUGCUUGCAGCAAUGACAUUCCAUGCACCGGGGUUGAUCUGUUCGAUAUUCAGUUGAAGCCCUCACCAGGUUAUCGAGGAUUUCAUCAGUCUUUGUGUUGGAAUUCUUAUGGGAAAUCACAAGCUCCUUUGGUUCCUUCAAGCAUGGACUAUUGCUUAAGAAGGGAUGGUGGCUCAGUCAAAAGAGUAGCAAAAUUACAUGAAAAUGUUUGUUACUAGUACAUGAAUUGUGUGGUUCUCUGUGUUUGUGUGUGAGCUCAUAUAUAUAUUAUAUUAUGUAUAUGCUUCCCUUCUACAACAUUUUUACUGUUGGAAGGUGAUGAUUUGGUACAAUGUAUCAAUAUUGAACGAAAAUU